AUAUGUGCUUGCCAAGUCCACUUGAAGUAGUAAAAAUGUGUUUCGGAUGUUAUUCCUGACGUUUCCGCAUCCCAGAAACAACGGCUCGCUGAGCAUGCGCUUACCUUCUUCGUAAUCACCAUGGAGAACCAGCUGUAAUCAACGUUUCCUGCACCUGUCGACCUGUGUUUGCGAAUCCAGCGAAUAACACGAUGUAUCCUGCCGUCGCUGAACCGAAGAUGAUCUUUCGCGUGGUAAGCUUUUUCUACUUCCUCACCAGACCACUGUUGAAAUGGUUCCUACAUCGGUUCACCAACCUGUGCGAGCUGCAACGGAUCUGCUACGGUUGUCCACCGGGGGCGUCCCGUACGAAAAAGGUGCAGCUAUCGUUGGAGCUCUCGAAACGGAUACCCAUCAAGAAACUGUUGCACAUCCUAAACGAGCUAGUCAGCAACGAUGUGGAUGAGCUGUUCCUGCGGCGGGAAAUACAGACCCGUGCCGUCGGAACGGUACUGCAGGUGAAGAAAAUAAACCCAAAGGUGCACGUGGAUUUUCCCCGCACGUUCGGUUCGUGUGCGGAGAAAAUAUGGGGCUACAAGCGACUGUUUUUCACGGUGGAAAGGUUGCGGGCAACUCAGUACGAUAGUGAGGAACCGGAACACGAGGCCAAGUUGCUUUCACUGUGGAAGGCUUUGGUGGGUGACGAGAUGCAGCUAACCGGACGUAUCUCCGAUCAGUGGCAACAUAUAGGAUUUCAGGGCGACGAUCCAAUGACGGACUUCCGCGGUAUGGGCAUUUUGGGGUUGGACAAUUUGCUUUACCUUGCACAAAAUUAUAACGGAACCGCAAGGCACCUACUGUCCCACUCGCAUCAUCCAACGCACGGUUAUUUCUUUGCCAUCGUAGGCAUCAACCUUACCUCGAUGGCGUACCAUCUGCUGAAAAAUGGUCUCGCCCGAACACACUUCUACAACCAUCCGGCCCACCACUUGACGGUGGACACGUUCCACCAGUUCUACUGCUACCUCUUCUACGAGUUCGACCGGUACUGGGUUGAAUGUAAACCAAAGAGCAUCAUGGAUUUCAACCUGAUUCAGCGACGGUUCGAGGAUAACGUCCUGAAGCUGCUGUCCCACGACGGGUGCUACUUCAAAAUGAACCUCUCGGUCGAGGACAUUUAACAGCGCUUUCCCGUUUUUUCUCCAUUUCCCAAAACCGAUGGGUUUUCGCUUUGCUCGCUUCGGUCAUCCGAGUAAUUUCGUACCUUCGUUUUCAUUUGUGUGCGUGUUCUGGUUUUUCCGAAUGUGAUACAUGAAGUGUGCAGCACCACAAAACUCACAACACGUGCACUACACACAGCAGUUAAGGGACGGGGAAAGGAAUUCGGUGGGGUCUUGCCACAGGUUUUCGAAACACAUACACCGCAAGUGCAAUCUAGUGAAAAGAAAUCAAUAAACAAAUGCUUUUUAGUCAUACUU